AUGGUGACGGGAAUAGAAGCCACUGGUGUGGCGUUGGCCAUUCUUCCCUUGCUUGUGAACCAACUGGACAACUAUGCGCGGGGCCUAGAAAAGAUAAAAGCCUUUCGGCGAUAUAAGUGGCAUUUGGACGACUAUUCAACUGGACUGAGUGCGCAAUAUGCCAUUUUGCUGAAUACCUUGGAGCUGUCUCUUGAAGACGUUGUUGAUGAUCACGACGAAAGAUCUGAGUUGAUCAGCAACCCUAAGGGGCCAGGGUGGAGUGAGAGAGGGUUUCAACAACAAUUGAUCGAAAAGCUCGAUCGCAACUAUGUUCCUUUUACCCGGACGUCCAUAUCAAUAAAACCGCUGAACGCCCUAAAGUUUUGCAAAGUCUUUUCCGCCGCAAUUUACCAGGAUCUCCUCGAUAAAAUUGACAAGGCCAACCAAAUCCUGAAGACUCUGACCGAGCAGUCUCAACAACGGGAUCAAUCUCGACGCGGCCCGGCCAAAAAAAGGAAAUAUCUGAAUCGAUAUCGAGACAACAGACGACAUGCAAAGGCGAUUUAUGCUAUCAUGGUACAAAAUGGUCAAUGUUGGAGUGGUUCAUGUCACGACGAACACUCCGUCGGAUUCCAGCUUGAUCAAAUCGUCUUGAAUGGAACAAAGGGCUCAAGUGAUGCACUCUUGGACCCAAAUUUCCACUUGAUUCUUCCACCACCAAAAAGAAACAGCGCCUCAAAUCAUCAAGGGCGAUGGCACGAGGUCAAAGUGGUAGCGAGCCCGAACAUCGAAUCCGGUUGCCUUCCUCAAGACCCUCAAUUCCCCGCUCGAACACGAAAAGUACAAUUUACUACAUGUUCACCGGCAACAGUCUGCAUGGAGAAUGUCCACACAGGGCCCAUUCGUGGACUAGGCUCACCAAUCGCCGAUUUAUGCUCCACCCUUGAUCAGUUUGAUACCACGAGUCCAGAGGCGAACUUGGAUUCUAUUGGAUACAUCAGCAGCGAAGAGGCCACAUUCGGAAGUCGAUACCACAUGAGACUAGUACGUAGCGUUCAGCAUGAAAUGCAUGUUCACUCCUUGCAAGAGACACUGAUUGGAACCCCGUCCCUGCCGGACUCUCCGAUUCAAAGAUCCAAUGAAUUAAGCCGCCGCGACAGGCUCCAUCUUGCCACUCUUCUCGCUUUCAGCGUUUUCCAGCUUCACGGAACAUGGCUCCAGCAGAAAUGGGGAACAUCCGAUGUGCUUUUUGUUCGACAACCGCAAUCUACCUUUCCUCAAUAUGAGCGGCCGUACCUUUUACGGAGUGUUCGGAGAUCAUCUGAGACGGGCUUCAACGGGGCAGCAUCCGAAGUAUGCACGGACUCGAGACGACGCCAGAUUGCAAAUUACAUUCUCUUUCCGCUUGCGCUUGCGCUGAUCGAACUCUCACUGGGGAGAGCGAUCUGUACACUCGCGCGACCUGGAGAUGGAGAAGCCUCUGAGCAAGGUUCACAAUUCAAUACUGCUGCGAGACUGCUGCGUGACGUUUACUGCGAGAGCGGAUCGAGCUACGGUGAUGUUGUUAAGGAGUGCUUGUACUGGUCUAAAAGCCAAGGCGAUGGCUUCGAGGAUCCUCACUUCGAUGAAUCCGUGUUUGACACUAUUGUCUCACCUCUCCUGAAAGACUUUGACUAUUUCGACGGCAUCUCCGCUAGGGUAUACUAG